AUGUCCAACUACAUCCACGUCCCGCCGGGCUCGCCGGAGGUGCCCAAACUGGACAUCACCGUCAGCGAGCGGGAGGGGCCCGGGUAUCGCCAGGGCGCCCUGCAGCUCCUGCGCCGGCUGCGCCCGCACUGGAGACCCGAGGAGGUGACGCUGCAGCUGUUCACUGAUGGAAUCACCAAUAAAUUGAUUGGCUGCUACGUGGGUGACAUAACAGAUGAUGUUGUUCUAGUUCGGAUCUAUGGGAACAAGACUGAGCUGCUGGUGGAUCGGGAUGAGGAGGUGAAGAGUUUCCGUGUGCUGCAGGCUCAUGGCUGUGCACCUCAGCUCUACUGCACCUUUAACAAUGGCCUGUGCUAUGAGUUCAUGCAGGGAGAAGCCCUGGAUCCAGAGCAUGUAUGCAAUCCAGACAUUUUCAGGCUCAUAGCUAGACAGCUUGCUAAAAUCCAUACUAUUCAUGCACACAAUGGAUGGAUCCCUAAAUCCAAUUUGUGGCUGAAAAUGGGGAAAUACUUCUCUCUCAUACCCACAGAAUUUGCAGAUGGGGAAGUAAAUAAAAGGUUCUUAAGUGACAUUCCUAGUCCUCAAGUUCUUCAGGAGGAGAUGGCCUGGAUGAAGGAAAGACUGUCAAAUUUAGGAUCACCAGUGGUGCUCUGUCACAACGACCUGCUGUGUAAGAAUAUUAUUUACAACAAGAAAAGAGGUGAUGUGCAGUUCAUAGACUAUGAGUACUCCGGGUACAACUACCUGGCUUAUGACAUUGGAAAUCACUUCAAUGAAUUUGCAGGAGUAAAUGAGGUAGACUACAGCCUUUAUCCCAACAGGAAAUUACAGGAGCAAUGGCUGAGGUCUUACCUUGAGGCCUACAAAGAAUAUAAAGGAUUUGGUACAGAAGUCAGUGAAAAAGAGGUUGAAGUUCUGUAUGUCCAAGUCAAUCAGUUUGCACUGGCUUCACACUUCUUCUGGGGAUUGUGGGCUCUUAUUCAAGCCAAAUAUUCCACCAUUGACUUUGAUUUUCUAGGGUAUGCAAUUGUUCGGUUUAACCAGUAUUUCAAAAUGAAGCUGGAGGUCAUGACGUUAACUCUUCCUGAGUAAUGAAGAGGAGGACUCUUGCCAAGUGGAUAGACAACCCCUGAAUUUUUUUCUGAGAACAGAUACUGGAAAAAAAGCUAAACAUUUGUUGAAGUGCUGUAAUGCUCACUUGGUGGUUCUUGCUUUAUAAAUAAUGCCUCUAGACAGUCCUUCAAUGUUAAAUUUAUUAUGAAGAACAUACGUACUGCUGUUGAUAUAAAACUGAUUAGAAACUUGCUAAAUCUAUAAAAAGUUGUAGAAAUGGCAAUUUAAUCCUUCUUUGUAAUUUAACAUGUUGUAUGUGAAUUAUUUAUUAUAUGUUUAACACGAUUCCGCUGCUGCUUUCAUCAGUUUUUGUUAAAGUUGGGUGCAGAUGGUGAAGUUGUUCCAAAGGAUUCAUUUAACAACUUAUUUUAUAGAAGUGGCAUUCACUUAUGCUAAAGAAGAUAUGUCAGAGACAAUUCUUCUUUCAAAGGCCUAUGAGCAAAAGGAGUGACAGUAGGCUUGUGCGAUCUCUAGUGUGGUAUAGCUAGGGAGAAGGGUUAGGAUGAUCUUUAUUUUCCCCCCUUUUUUUAAAGGUAGCUUUCCAUAUGAUGGUACUUUUCUUUUGCACAAGAAUCAAGCAGCUUGUUGAAAUGAUAAACAACGUUUUGAUAUUUUUUUUCAUCUAGAUUGAGCUGUAGAAAUGCUCAAGUUCUGUAACCACAAGAUUCUCUGAGGAUAUUGUGCCAAUCACUGGUGUUAGGUGGACAGCCUGCUAUCCCUAACUUCUGUGGGAAAGCUGCUUUUUUGUUAAGUG